AUGGUUCUCGCACUUUCUGGUAUCAGCCUUGCCAAGUACGUCCAGUCGUCGCCGGCUCUCAUGCGCAUCCUUAAGCCGGUCGCCAACGCCUACGCCAACGCAACCGGACACCGACAGAUGGGUCUCCGUUAUGACGACCUGCUCAUCGAGGAGUCGGACCGCGUCCAGAAGGCGCUCUCGCGUCUUCCCGAGAAGGAGGCCUACGACCGUGCUUUCCGUCUGCGACAGGCUUCUCAUCUCUCGGUGAUUCACCGUGAGCUGCCCAAGGAGCAAUGGCUUCCUGCUAGCGAGGACAAGCGAUACCUCACCCCUUACGUUCAGGAAGUCGCCAACGAGGAGUCGGAACGUGCCGCAUGGGACACCGUCUCGGUCAAGAAGGGUCACUAA